AUGACAGGCGCUAUUCCCAUUAUACUGGCUGGUAAAUCCGAGCUUGUGGCCGAGGAAGCAAUCGGAGACAUGAGGCCCGAGCUGGAUGUUGUCCACUUUACCUUUAUCAACGAUGCCCGGCGGGAAAUCCCAAUUCUCUCACGCGGUGAGAUUCCCAGCCCGCGAAACCCGCACGGCACCGGCGACUGGAGCAACCCGCCCAAGGUCAUUGUGUUUGUGGCCGCCUACCAUGACCGCGACAUCAACACCUAUCGCCAGCUGACAGGUGAUGCCAGUGGUGAAAAUGACAAGAAGCUGCUGCCCUGGCUGCGUGUGGAUCGGAGCAUUCCUGCGCCGCCCAUUGGACCGGAGCUGGUUCGGACAUUAUGCGCGCGGGCCAAGGCAAAGCUGGCAGAAUUGAACAAGGAGGGAAAGCUUGUGCCAGGAGGUUCUGUGGACUACUACUAUUGA